UGGAAGAUGCUGGAUAAGGCCACUCUGCUCCUGUUCCUGCAUUUAGUCUCAUGCUCCAUCUCCUCUCCUCUCUACCCAGCUCUCAGGUACACUCCAGGGCCAGCUGCUGGCAAGGCCAUGAACUUCCAGCUACAGCAGAGCAGCUCACUGCAGAGCCAUAACCUCUCAGCAGAGGAACAGGAGGAGGGUUUGUUAACAGACCCCACCGAGAAGAGGAUGCAGCGCCACGCUGACGCCAUAUUCACCAACAGCUACCGGAAGUUCCUGGGGCAGAUUUCUGCCCGAAAAUUCCUCCAGACCAUCAUUGGCAAGAGGCUUGGAAGCAGGGAGAGCAGCCCAGGGCAGGGGCUGCGGGAGCCCCCGACGCGGCGGCAGUCCGACGGCAUCCUGAUGGACAGCCACUACCAGCUGCUGAUGCUCCUCAGGGACUUCCUGGGAACCACUCUGCACAACCACAGGCCUCAGGAUAUCAGCAGCAGUCGGUUAAAAACCUUUCCCAGUGCCCUGACUAAGCUCAUGUAA